ACCGCAUCACACUGUGACCGCAUCAGCAACAAAUAGCAGCAACAACAACAACAGUUAUGUUGUUGCAAGGAUAGGCCUAAGUUUACGACUGUUGAGGUGCAGAAUGGCAAGGGAAAAGGACACAAGAGGGCGAGAGAAGGUCCAAAGAAAAAAGGACAGAAACAGAAAAGUUUCAAGGGAUUCUCCAAGCCCAAAAAGAAGAAGUAAAGGAUCUAGCGAUAAGGUCAGAGACAAAGACAGGAAGCAAAGAAGAAAAGCAAGUCCAUCUUCAGAGAGUUCUAGUGACAGUUCAGGGUCAAGCAGCUACAGCUCAUCGGCAAGCUCUUCCAGCUACUCAUCAGAUUCAUCUGACUCUAGUUCAGGAAGCAGUGACUCAGAAAGUAGCUCAAGUAGUGCAUCUUCCUCAGAUGGGGGAAAAGGCAGAAAAAGUAAAAAGCAAAUUUCAAAGGGAAAGAGAGUGAAAGAUGCUGCGCAGCGACGGUCAAGAGAAAAAGCUGACAGUGUUCCGGAUUCAAAGAGCAAAGUUGUUGAAAGGGAGGCAUCACCCCAUGUUUCCCAUAAACAAAAGGACAUUGUAAUGGCUUCACCGCCCCCUGUAAAACAGGAGACUGAACCAGAGAAAAAGGAAAUUAAGGUGGAGCGGGCAGUAUUGGAGGAAAAAGUGAAUAAAGAUAGGGUUGUAGAAAGCACUGAAAUACGUAAGGACUUGCCUAAGAGCUAUCAAAGGGAAGCCAGAAAACCAUCACCUGAUAGCGGUAGCGAUGAAUCGGCAAAGGCCAAGUCCCCAGCCAGGAAAAGGCUUGUUUCAGCCUCCGAUCAUUCGAGUUCUGAAUCGCCUCCUAGACGCAGAUCAAGGUCAAAGGAGCGUGGAAAGUCAGCAUCUGCGUCUCCAAGACGUCGAAAACGCAGUCCCAGCCCUGUGGCUACAAAAAUCCAUGUCGGAAACCUGACGCGAAACGUAAAUAAAGAUCAUAUUACGGAGAUAUUCUCUAUUUACGGCAAAGUGCGCCAUGUGGAAAUGCCUGUAAAUCGGAACAAUUUAGUUCUUCGUAACUAUGCGUACAUAGAGUAUGAGGGUCCAAUGGAAGCUGAGAAGGCUGUAAAACACAUGGACGGGGGUUGGAUUGACGGACAAGAAGUGCAAACAAAGCUGAUCCUUCCAAUGAAGGAUCGCCGACGACCCAGCCCAGGCCGGUUUAACCCAAGAAAUCGUAGACGGUCUCCGCCUAGACCUCGCCAGCCACAACGAAACUUCAACAGGCGGUCUCGCACGCCACCAAGACGAAGAUCGCCUAGCCCCGGAGCCCGACGACGGUCACCAAGACGGUCACGAAGUCCAGUAAGAAGACGCUCAAGAUCACCAGUACGCGGCAACUUCCGUCGCAGGCGAGGCUCAGUGUCGACAGAGAGUUCAAGGUCGAGAUCCCCAGUUAGAAGAGUUGGAAGACAACGAUCAAGGUCGGCUUCAGUUUCUAGGAGACGACGAUUUAGCAGGUCGAGCACAAGCUCGUGAACAGAUCAGGGAUGACGACGAACUUAGCGAAAAUUAACAGAUAGAUACUGAUAACGAGAUAAUACACUGUAGCUUAUUGUAAACCUUUUUAAUGUAAAUGUUUAAGUAUUCUAUUAUGUUUGUGUUCUGAUUUG